AUUCAUGGACGGGCUGCAGGCUUAUGGAGCUGGGAAGGCAGGAGGAGCCUUCGACCCCGUCACCUUCUUCCAGCAGCCGUACGCCAUUCUGCGCAUCGUCAACUGGCUGUUCUCGGUGGUGAUCUUUGGCUGCAUUGUUAAUGAGGGAUACAUAAACCGUCCCACAGAGGAGGAGGAGUACUGCAUCUUCAACCAGAACGCUAAUGCCUGCUCCUACGCUGUCUUCAUGGGCUGCCUGUGCCUCCUCAGCUGCUCUGGACUCCUGCUGCUGGACGUGCGCUUCCCUCAGAUCAGCAGCGUCAAGGGCCGCAAGAAGGCUGUGCUGGGGGACCUGGGGGUGUCAGCGUUUUGGUCCUUCAUGUGGUUUGUGGGAUUCUGCUUGUUGGCCAAUCAGUGGCAGGCGAGUCGAGUGGAGGACAACCCCCUGAGAGAGGGCGGGGACGCAGCCCGGGCAGCCAUCACCUUCUCCUUCUUCUCCAUCUUCAGCUGGGGGGCACAGUCCUUCCUGGCCUUCCAGAGGUACAAAUUGGGGGCCGACUCUGCCAUCUUCUCCCAGGACUACACUGACCCGGGGCAGGAGGCGGGACAGGGCCCCUACAGUGCCUUCCCCGGGGAUACGGUGGAGAGCCCGUCUGCAGGGGGCGCUGACGGGACACCGGACAGCCCUGUGGGGUACCAGAGGCAGGAGUAUUGA